GGAAGUGGUACACGCAAACUGUGUCCGCUGGAAGAAAAAGUUCUUGUUUAUGUGUAAAAUCAGUGCCAGUGCCACGACAGGGAUUCUGGAUACUUGCAUUUGCAGGGUGUCUGUACGGAAGGAGUUAAAAGGAGGAAAGGCAUAUGCAAAGCUGGGAUUUGCAGAUCUAAAUCUAGCAGAAUUUGCUGGAUCGGGAAAUACCACUCGUCGCUGUUUACUGGAAGGUUAUGACACCAAAAAUACAAGACAGGACAACUCCAUUCUCAAAGUUUUGAUCAACAUGCAACUAAUGUCUGGAGACCCAUGCUUUAAAACGCCUCCUUCCACAGCAACAUCUAUAGCAAUUGCUGGAGAAUUGGAACCUUUGCAUGAAGAUAGGAAAGGUGGAGAAAACUUAAAAGUAGUGCAUCUGGGCACAGCAGAUGUCCCAUCCAAGAGUGCCUCAGUCCCGGAUGAACUUGGUGCAUGUGGACAUUCCCGAACAUCAAGCUAUGCAAGUCAGCAGUCAAAACUGUCAGGAUACAGCACAUGUCACUCUAGGUCAUCUAGUCUGUCUGACCUCUGCCACAGGAGAAACACCUCGGUGGGCAGUACCUCAACAGGAAUUGGGAGUAUUCUAGAGCCAUGUGAAGAGACUGAGCCAAAAGGAACUGAAGCUAAGAGUGAUACAUCUGUUAAAGAUGCACCAUCAGAAAAACUCUGCAGGCAUCCCGUAAAGCAAGACUCUGUGGAGUCACAGCUGAAGAGGGUCGAUGCUACCAGAGUUGAUGCUGAUGAUAUAGUUGAAAAAAUACUCCAGAGUCAAGACUUCAGUUUAGACUCAAGUGCAGAAGAAGAAGGUUUAAGAUUAUUUGUGGGCCCUGGUGGAAGCACUUCUUUUGGAAGCCACCACUUACCGAACAGAGGAGGAUCUGGAGCAUAUGAGCAGGUGGUGAUAAAACGCUAG